GGAGCUCGGGCGGAGGGGGGAUGUGUAAAAGGAGAAGAAGCGUUGCUAAUUUUUUUUUGUUUGUUUGCUUUUCCAUGCAUGCAUAAUGAGGGCUGAUCAGAGCACGCUGCUGCUGCUGCGGCGGCGGCGGCAGCUUGGAGGGCACUUUUGUAUUUAAAGCCUCGCGAAAGAAAACAGCUCCGCAGAAGGAUCCGCCGGAGAGAAACGGCUCCUCGCGGGGCUCGGCGGCGGCGGCAGCAGCAGCCGCAUCCCGGAGUGAGGAAGCGCGAGGGCGAGAGAGCGCGCCGGGCGGCUCUUUCUUGUGCAGCCUCCCGCUCGCCGGGCGAGGAAGGAGGCUCGCGGCGCGCACCGGGCGCCCGGCGACGGCGGCUGCCCCAGCGACCUGGCAUGCACGGCGAUGCUGCCCGCCGAGCGCUGAGAGCGAAGAAAGAAGAUCGGCGGGAGCGAGGCGGCAGCGGCGGCGGCAUGAGCUCAGCAGGGAGCCCCCGGCCCCGCAGCCCCCGGCUCCACUGACCGCCUCGCGGCCUCCCCAGCCCGGGAGGAGGGGGCGGAGGCUGCUGCGCGCGGCGGCAAGAAAAGGCGCCGCUUCCCCGCCGACGGAGGGAUCGCAGGCCGAGCCGGGGCGCCGCGCGGAUGGAUUGAUGAGCGGGACCCUCAUGCCCACAGCGCGCAGGACUUCGGCCAACUUUCCCACCGGCGGCUGCGACCCCACCCCCAGCGCCUCCCGCUCGCCCUCGUCGUCCGCCUCCCGCCCGCGAUUGUCCGGCCGCCGGCCGCGAUGGUGGCAGCCCGGCCAGGAGGAGGAGCAGCAGCAGCAGCAGCAGGCGGGCGGCGCUGGCGGGCGGCGCUGCUCCCGCUGCCCGGCGCCGCGGCGCUGCGGCUGGGGCUGCUGCUGCUGCUGCUGGUCGCCGCUGCCCCUCCGCCGGGGGCUGACGGCCGGCGCUUGAUCUGCUGGCAGGCGAUGCUUCAGUGCCAGGAGGAGCCCGACUGCAGCUACGCGUACAACCAGUACGCCGAGGCGUGCGCGCCGGUGCUGAUGGCCGCGGGGGACGGCGCGGGCGCUGCUGCAGCGGCGGCGGCGGCUGCGUCGCCGUCCAGCAGGCGGCGGUGCCCGAGCCACUGCAUCUCGGCGCUGAUCCAGCUCAACCACACCAGGCGGGGCCCGGCGCUGGAGGACUGCGAUUGCGACCAGGACGAGAACUGCCGCGCCACCAAGCGCGCCAUCGAGCCCUGCCUGCCUCGGACCAGCGGAGGUGGAGGAGGAGGAGGAGGUGGAGCAGGCGGCGGCGUCGGGGCGGGCGGCGUGAUCGGCUGCACGGAGGCGCGUCGGCGCUGCGACUGGGACAGCCGCUGCAGCGCGGCGCUGGGCCGCUACAUGACCUACUGCGGGAAGGUCUUCAACGGCGUGCGCUGCACCGAGGACUGCCGCGCCGUCAUCGAGGACAUGCUGGCCGUGCCCAAGGCGCUGCUGCUCAACGACUGCGUGUGCGACGGCCUCGAGCGGCCCAUCUGCGAGUCCGUCAAGGAGAACAUGGCGCGCCUCUGCUUCGGCGCCGACGCCCUGGGGCCCGGCAGCAGCGGCGCCUCCGACGGCGCCAUGGACGACUACUGGGAAGAGGAGUACGACGAGGAGCUGGCCCCGCGCGGAAGGGACGACCUGGACGACGUGGCGGCCGUGGCCGGAGCCGGCUCCGAAGCCGCCUCGCCCAGGAAGCCCAAGGACGGCUGCCCGCCGCGCGCGGCUCCCUGGACGCUGGGCGCCGCGGCCUCCAUUUUGCUGCUGCUGCUGCUGCUGCUCUCGUAGCCAUUUCCAGCCCGGCGCUCGGGAGGGGCGCUCGAGGAGGCCGGGCCGGGCCGGGUGGAGGGAGGGAAGGAGCCUGCGCUCGCCCCAGGGCCCUGGCUCCUCUCCUGGCUCCGGGAGGAGGACGGGGCUUGGGCACGGAGAAAGGAGAGCCUCGCCCCCAGCAGCGGCCCUGCAGAGACCGGGGACUCUGAACUCGCCCCAGGCAGAUGGACCUCUCUUCUCUCCCCCCCGAGCUUUGUAUUCAAGCAGUGUGCCUUAUUCUGCACCUCCAGUAUGCCUUUGCUUUUGAUGGGGACCCCCGCCGUGUCCUCACCGGGCCCUGUUGCCUUGCCUGACUAGUUCAGUUCGAACAGAUGCUGGGCUGGAUGUGAUGGUUUCUUUGCGCUGUGGUCACUCCUUCCUCCUGUCCUCAUUUCUCUAUAUCUGGGCAUUCUCCCCCUCCCACUUCUAAAAUUAUAUUUGAAAGGGAUAGGGCCAUUGAAUCCGAAUCCUUUUUUGGCAAACGUUUAGCCACUGUUUGUACAUCAGACCCCAGAAUUGUGGUAUUUGUUGCUUUUGGUUCCAAGCAUUCCGUGCAUGUCCAAAUAAGCGUGCUUAGGACCGCAGCCUUAGAGAUGUUUUACUCGUGGCAUUUCCCCCCCCCCCCCUGCGGGGCUGUAUGAAGCAACCUGGAUAUGCCUGUCAUAUACAAAGAUUGUGCAGUCCUUUCUUCCCUGUGUACAAAUCACUACCAGUUGCAGCUUCCUAAUCUUUCCCCUGUACAUGCAGGAAAGUAAGCAGCAGUGUGUAUAAUGGUUUGUUACUUUGCCCCUGCAUACAGCCAUGUCAGGGGAAAGGCGUGAUUCACCCCUCACUGCACUAUGCAAGUUGUUGCUACUUGGCUCCUUAGAAGCAAGAAAAUGAAUUCACAAUAAAUGUGUAGCAUGGGUCAUCGCACCACGAAACCAACUUGCAAAUAGCAAAUGUUUGCUCUCCGCCCCCUGCCCCCCCCCCAAGCUGUAGACAGGAAGGUAAGAAAGAGUUAGGCUUCUUCCCUAGAACGCCUUCAGAAAUGCUGCUUUACAGAGCUAGCCAGCAUCUUGAAAUGGAGUCCUUUCUCUCCUCCCAUUCACAGCAUUCAUCAUGAUGCCUAAAAGAAGAUGCAAACUUCGAUUCCUGUUAACUGGGUGUGUGCUUGAGUGGAGGAGACUUGAGUAUAUGUGAGGGUUUUCCAACACCUUUUCUCAGGGUUGUUUUGAACAUUAGUGGUAGGGACUUUAUUCUGUGUUAAGGUAUGGAAACCCCAUGUAUUUUUGUCAUGUGUGAGGAUUGCACAUGCUUUUUUUCCAUGGUGCAUGUAUGAUGGGAAGCUAAAGUUGUGGUUUUCCAGUAAAAUAGGUGUGUGUGUGAACUUCACACAUUGUUUUCAUGCUUUCUCCUACAAGGAUUCCCCUAGCCCAUAAUGUUCAAAGUGGCCCUUGCACCACUCAGAAUUGCAAUGCAAUACAAUUCAUCAGCAAUUUUCUCUUGCCUCAACCUAGUAGGAAAAAUAAUGCUAAUUUGUUGGCUACAUCGAACAAUGCAACCAUUGUCUUAAAAGAGCUCUGCACUGCCAUCUUCAAAAGACACUUUUAAAAUUCAAGAACUUGUAUCUGCAAACAUCACGAAAAGUUAUAUUGCCUCUAAUCCUAUCAGGGGGCUGACCUCUGGUAAAUCUUAUAUAAAAUGUAUUUAAAACUGGGAUUUGUUACCAGUCGUUUUUGCAUGUAUAUAGAAAUUUAUAAAUUGUAUACUUGGGAAUAAUUUAUUUUUUAAGAAAUUAAAGAUUUAAAUGCACCCCAAUUGCAAGAUAAAUGCAUCUGCUAUUCUUUUGUUGCAAAGGUACAUUUGAUAUGUAAAGGGAUACAAGCAACAGUAAUUCCCAUGGAAAAAUGCUAGAUCAAAUGUACAGUGUAUUUUAUAGAUUUGAAGUUAACAUCUGUAUUGUUUGGAGAGACUUGAUGAACUUUGUAGAAUUGUAUAAAUGCCUCUCUGAGCUGCCUUGAACAUUGUAUUUUUAUAGAAUGUGUGAAAAGGUCCCAUGUCUUAAGUAUCUAUUGCUUGUGUAUUUUUAUGUGUAAAUUAGUAAAGAGAGAUUUUU